CUUCUUCUUCUUCUUCUUCGUAGCGGCAAAAGGAACGAAAGUACCGAACCCAUAAAACUUGAACCAUAAACACAAUGUUUCCCUUCUUGUUCGAACCCCAAAGCGACGAAGAGAUCGAACACUCCGAAGAAGAAGAAGCAUCCGAACCAGAAUCAGAACCAGGAUCCGAACCGGAAGAAUCAGAAGGAGAAGAAGAAGAAGACGAACAAGAAGCUUCUAGAAUCUCAAAGGAGAAGAAGAAGAAGAAAACACAGUCUCCGUGGGACUUCGCCAAGUACACUGAGUCAGUUGCGGAGGAGCACGCUCGCCGGAGUACAACCUCCGUUGACGAAAAAAUCUCCAAAGCAUUAAAACAGCGCUCAACACCUCUCGCGGUUCCUUCGCAAAACAACGACGUUGACGACUCAUCAGAUUCCGAACCUGAUAAACAGGAAGAUUAUAGACCAGAUGAAGAAGAUGAAGAGGAGGGCAAUGCGGCUGAUAGCAAGUCCUUUUUCGCUCCUUCUGAUGGAGCAUCUUUCCAUGCGGAUUCGUUCUUGCAGCUUCAUUUGUCACGGCCUUUGCUCAGGGCUUGUGAGGCCUUGGGGUAUGCUAAACCAACGCCAAUUCAGGCAGCUUGUAUACCAUUGGCGUUAAAUGGUCGUGAUAUAUGUGGAAGUGCCAUUACUGGGUCAGGAAAGACAGCUGCAUUUGCACUUCCCACAUUAGAGAGGUUGUUGUUCCGUCCUAAACGCAUGCAUGCAAUAAGGGUCCUUAUUCUUACACCAACCAGAGAGUUAGCAGUACAAGUUCACAGUAUGAUAGAGAAGCUUGCUCAAUUUACUGAUAUUAGAUGUUGCCUGGUUGUUGGGGGUUUGUCAACGAAGGUGCAAGAAGCUGCUUUGAGAUCAAUGCCAGACAUUGUCGUUGCUACCCCAGGACGUAUGAUAGACCAUUUACGUAAUUCUAUGUCAGUGGAUUUGGAUGAUCUUGCUGUGCUAAUCCUUGAUGAGGCGGAUCGUCUUUUAGAGCUUGGAUUUAGUGCUGAAAUUCAUGAACUUGUUCGCAUGUGUCCCAAGAAAAGGCAGACAAUGCUAUUUUCAGCAACAAUGACUGAGGAGGUUGAUGACCUUAUUAAAUUGUCCCUAACAAAACCUGUGCGUCUUUCUGCUGAUCCAUCUCCAUCCACUUCUGUACUCUAUACUAUGGUAGUUGGCUCUAUAUGUCAUAUUCAUGCUCCUGUGGAAUAUAUUCUUUUCCCCCUAAUACUGAUUAUGCAAAUUAUCAAUUUAUCAUGUGAAACUCAUUUCAAGGUGGUUAGGAUACGAAGAUUGCGUGAAGCAAAUCAGGAAGCAGUUCUUCUUGCAAUGUGCUCCAAAACUUUUACUUCUAAAGUUAUCAUCUUCAGUGGAACAAAGCAAGCUGCACAUAGGUUGAAGAUUAUAUUUGGAUUAGCUGGUCUGAAAGCUGCUGAACUUCAUGGAAAUCUUACUCAAGCCCAGCGCCUUGAAGCUUUGGAACAAUUCAGGAAGCAAGAAGUUGACUUUUUGAUUGCAACUGAUGUGGCUGCCCGUGGCCUUGACAUCAUAGGUGUUCAAACAGUUAUCAACUAUGCAUGUCCUCGCGAUCUUACCAGCUAUGUUCAUCGAGUGGGUCGUACAGCAAGAGCUGGCCGAGAAGGAUGCGCCGUCACAUUUGUGACUGAUAACGACCGGUCACUUCUAAAAGCAAUUGCAAAGAGAGCUGGUUCAAAGCUGAAGAGCCGAAUUGUAGCAGAACAAUCCAUACAUAAAUGGUCUCAUAUAAUUGAGCAAUUGGAGGAUCAAAUUGCAGAAGUACUUGAAGAAGAGAGGGAAGAAAGAGCCCUAAGAAAAGCUGAAAUGGAGGCCACAAAGGCUGAAAACUUGAUUGCUCAUAAGGAAGAGAUCUUUUCCCGCCCCAAAAGAACCUGGUUUGUAACAGAGACAGAAAAGAAGGUUGCUGCAAAAGCAGCAAAGGUAAAAUUUCUUGUUAUUGUUAAUAACGACAAGAGUUCUGGAAAGGUAAUAAGUGCUCAGGAAGCUGAAGACCUCAAAAUGAAGGAAAAGAGGAAGCGGGAGCGAGAGAAAAAUUUGCCGAGAAAGAAGCGUAGAAAAUUGGAAGCGGCUAGAGAGAUGUUGGAAGAUGAAGGAGAUGAUGACAAACCAGAAGCUAAGGGGGCAAAUAAGAAAGAAAAGGGUGGACUUUCACUUGUUGAUGUCGCUUAUCGACGAGCAAAAGCAGUGAAGGCUGUCAAGAAGGCAAUGGAUUCAGGCAAGAUCGUGAAGAAGAACAAAAAGAAUACCAAUCGUCCUUCACAUAAGUCGUCUUCAAGGACACAGGAGAUGCAGGAGCUAUUCCAGGCUGACAUGAAGGACAAAAAGCCGAAAAGAAGAGGUGCUGGAGCAGGAAAAAAAUCUAAGAGUUCGUUCAAGAGCAAGUCAAGGUACAAGCGCAGGUAGUUUGAGGCUAACGAUCCUUAUUAAAAAUGUGUUCAUGGAAUGAAAAUGGACCUGCAAUGCAAGACCUUAUUGUUAAUCUGACAUGGGUGCAAAGGCACAAGACUUGUACCAUAUCCAGUCACCAAUGGAGGUGAUUAAAUGAGCAGCUUCUACCACCUGUGAGUUUUAAUGGUUGCCUUUUGGUGCUUUUGUGUUACCAUGGUGACUGGUGGAUAAUCAAUGUGAGAAGUUAACAAUCACAUCUCCCAUACCCUUUUGUGAGUUUCGAUUGUUGUAUCAUGUGAACUUCAUUCAUGACCCAAUUUGAGUUGUGGUUUAUAGCUAAAUAUUUAUAGUUGCUCAAUUUUGUAAUUCAAGAAUCGAAUUCUAAAUUUAUGAUUAGAGAUUAUUCAUUGCUAAA